GUUUUGCGUUUGACAUUAAAUAUAUCAUCGAUUUGAUUUGAGUGCUGUGCAUAUUUACGCGAAAAAAAUUAUUUCGUCUGAUUUUUCUUGUGGUAAACGAAUUUAAGGAAUAAAAGUGCGGCGUAGAAUAUGAGUAAUUACCGUGGUAUCGGCGGUGGUGGCUUUCCGUACAAAGUCAACCAAAAUCGCAGUGCAGGCGCUUCCAUGAAUGCUGUGCCUCCACCUUCAUCGUUGAACAAUCGUGGGCCUCAAAGGGGUGGUAUCGGCGCACGCAGCGUUGCUGCAUCCCAGGGUGUUACUAAGCAUGGCUAUACAUCACUAGACUCAAUUAGUCAAUUUACAGCCUCUCAAAAUCUCAUCGGUAAACGGAAAUCACAUACCGAAGAUGAUUACUUUGAUGAUGAUGAUGACCAUACACCAGAACAAGCAUAUAUACCUGCGCCCGGUUCGCCUGGUUUACGGAAAAACAAAGCAGAUAGUGAAUCUGAUGAAGAUCCACUUGAUCAAUUUAUGGCUGGCAUUGAACAACAGGUGCAAAAAGAAAAAGUGCGUAAAGAGCGUGCUGUCGUAUCGCCGGUUGAAGAAAUAGCUAGUGCCAAACAUGCCAAAGGGGUGCGUGGUGAUAUAGACGACGAAGAUGAUGAAGAAAGCUAUUAUCGUUAUAUGGAAGAAAAUCCCAAUGCAGGCCUACGCGAUGAUGGCUCCGAUGUCGAAAUUGAAUACGAUGAAGAUGGUAAUCCAAUAGCGCCACCAAAGAAAAAAGAUAUAGAUCCUCUUCCACCAAUAUACCACUCCGAAAUUGAAUAUGAGCCAUUUGAGAAAAACUUUUACACGCCACAUGAAGAAAUUGCCAAUCUGACGGACGAACAAGUACGUGAAUUACGCAAAACUUUGGGCGUAAAAGUCACCGGACCAGAACCACCGAAGCCAGUAUCAUCAUUUGCGCAUUUUGGCUUCGAUGAGAGUCUAAUGAAGGCAGUGCGACGUGCUGAAUAUACACAACCCACGCCAAUACAAGCGCAAGCAGUGCCUACCGCCUUAGCUGGCCGUGACAUUAUAGGCAUUGCAAAGACGGGUUCAGGUAAAACAGCAGCUUUUGUGUGGCCAAUGCUGGUGCAUAUUAUGGAUCAGCGUGAGUUGCGUAGUGGUGAUGGUCCUAUUGGGCUAAUAUUGGCACCAACACGCGAGUUGUCGCUACAAAUCUACAAUGAAGCAAAGAAGUUCGGCAAGGUAUAUAAUCUGAAUGUGGUGUGCUGCUAUGGUGGCGGCUCUAAAUGGGAGCAGAGUAAAGCGCUUGAGCAGGGUGCAGAAAUAGUAGUUGCCACGCCUGGACGCAUGAUCGAUAUGGUUAAAAUGAAGGCGACACAUUUGCGGAGAGUAACAUAUUUAGUUUUGGACGAGGCAGAUCGCAUGUUUCACAUGGGUUUCGAGCCACAGGUACGCUCGAUUUGUAACCAUGUGCGACCCGAUCGGCAAACUUUACUUUUCUCAGCCACAUUCAAGAAACGUAUAGAACGCUUAGCACGAGAUGUGCUCACCGAUCCCGUGCGUAUUGUCCAAGGUGAUCUGAAUGAGGCCAAUCAAGACAUUACACAAUAUGUUUACGUUUUCCCCAAUCCGCUACAGAAGUGGAACUGGCUACUAUGCCAUUUGGUAAAGUUUCUUUCGGAAGGUAGCGUUUUAGUGUUUGUAACCAAAAAAUCUGAUGCCGAGACUGUAGCCAAUAAUCUCAUGGUAAAAGAGUAUAAUUGUUUACUUUUGCACGGUGACCUAGAUCAGGCCGAUCGUAAUAAAGUUAUAACACAAUUUAAGAAGAAAGAAUGCGACAUACUAGUAGCCACCGACGUGGCUGCACGUGGUCUAGAUAUACCACACAUACGCAAUGUUAUAAAUUAUGAUAUCGCACGCGAUAUCGACACACAUACACAUCGCAUCGGUCGUACCGGACGCGCUGGUGAAAAAGGUACUGCUUACACCUUGGUUACCGACAAGGAUAAAGAAUUUGCUGGCCAUUUGGUGCGUAACUUAGAGGGUGCCGACCAACAAGUGCCUGACGAUCUCAUGGAAUUAGCCAUGAAGAGUUCAUGGUUCCGAAGCUCACGUUUCAAGCAAGGAAAGGGCAAGAAAAUCGCUAUUGGCGGUACGGGCUUGGGCUAUCGUGAACGCAGCAGCAGCAGUAGUGUUAAAUCGAAUACCGCCAAUGAAACGUCAACUUUUGCUUCCAUUAAUAAAUCAAUAUCGGCGGCUGGACCGGCUACCGAUCGGUAUGCGGCAAUGCGUGAAGCCUACAAAGCCCAAUACAUGUCACAAUUUCGGGCGUCAAGUGAUCGCACGUGGGAAAAGACUGUGCCUGAAACGGGCGUAUUCGCGGCACCAGCGCCAGUGCUGCCAACGAGCUCAACAUCUAGUGGCAGUUCGGGCGGUGUAGAUGAAAGUGGCAAGCCGCGCAAGAAGAAGAGCCGCUGGAAUUAGUGUGCGCAAACAAUUACUGUCUAUGUGAAAAUAACAUCACGCAUAGAAUAAACGAAAUAUUUGCGCAUUUUCUAGUUUCAAAAAAAAAAAAAAAAAAUAUAUUAUAUAUAAAUGAAAAAUUUUAUUAUAAAACAUUUAACAUUAGAAAAGGCGCAAGCUUAAAUUACUUAACAAAAAAGAACAUAUAAACAUUUUGCACUUUUGCAACUUAAUGUAUAAUCUAAAUAAUUAUAUUGAAAAUAAUUGAAAUAAAAACAUACCUAAAUGUUAUUAAGUAACAUGAAAGUCGUACUUUUUGUAUGUAAUAGCAUAGUUUUUCUUUUGCACUUAUAAAUGUAAUACUUACCUCUACUUAAUGCUAAUAAAAAGGAUUUUAAUUUAA